AUGGAGGAGCUUGGAAUGCGGAAGACUGUGACUUUGAUUAGCUUCAUUGCUUUCAUCUGCACUUGUAAAGUGAAACCGUCUGACCUCAUGAAAUCAGAAUCUCAGCUGGAGCCGAGCGACACAGCUGUCGUAAUGAGUCAAGUCAGCAUGCAACGACUGUUGCUUGCCAUGUUCUUUACAUCUGCUACGGUUGUCGCACAGCACUCCAAGCCGAUUCCCGACAACUCUCAUCUCACACCUAACAAGUUCAAGCAGCGAGACAUUCAAGGCAUCGAGAACUUCAUCUUCGGAAUGGACGCGUCCAACUUCGCCCCGAACUCGUCGUGCCCGCAGACGAUCAUCCAGCAGUGGGCGAUGGAGAUCGAGUCUAGCUCCUACGUCACUCCCACCAUCUUCGACGUUGCCAGUGACGGAGUGAAGGACAUUGUCAUUCCCACCUUCGUCCGUCACAUUGAAGUCAUCAACGGCCCGCACGGCCAUCGGUCCCCAGGCUUCCCCUUCACCUUCCCCAACAGCGCCUUCUACGCCUCUGCGCUGAUCUACGACAUCAACAAGGACGGGGAGCCGGACAUUGGGGUAACGACCUUCAACGGCGAGCUCAUCUGGCUGACUGAGAACGGCAUCCCCAUCUUCGGCUGGAGCAUCAAGAUACCUCACCUCAGGAUCAAGAAGAAGUGGUAUGAGGGGCUCAAACCUGACCCGCAGGACAUGGAGCACAACGGCUUAACGCAGUUCGAGAGGGAAGCUAUGAACCAGCACGUAGGGGACCCCUUCGCCCCCGGCAAGCUCCCUCGACACUAUCAGGACAUGUUCGACACCCGGGACGCGGGAUGGGGUGACUAUGGCCCACACUUCCUCGCGAAUGAGUUUGUGAAGAAGGCGGACAAGAACGGAGAUGGAGUGCUGAGCAAGGCUGAGUUCGUGAAGCACGCGAUGUCUGAGCACCCCAACUUCCAGCGAUCGGACGCAGAAACCUUGUACGACAUUGCAGACAAGGACCAGGAUGACCAACUAGCAGUGAAAGAAUUGACCAUGUACAUGGACGAGUUUGACCGCAACGAGGCUGAAGACAUCUUCUAUCAGACCGACAAGGAUUUUAACGGCACUGUUACGCGCGAGGAGUUCUCUGAGCACGUGAAGAAGAACAAGCCUGAUGUUGAAGAGGCAGAGCUGAACGAGAGGUACGAGGCCAUCGAUGAGAACAAGGACGGGAACCUUGACAUGACGGAGAUCAAGAGCCAAUGGAGUCAUUUCGACAAGGAGCUCGCGCAUGUCAAGAAGCUCAAGAGCAAGAAGACCAAGGAGAUGAACAGAGCGAGCAUUCUUGACAAGGCCAAAGGCGCGUUGAUGAAGGCCAAGGGGCUUGACAACUCUACUUCUUUGCUUGACAACGGCAAGCUGAGUGAAAUCCUGGGAAAGAUCAAGAAGUCAGGAGUGCGGACGUUGGGAGACCUGAAGCGACUGGACGAGCAUCGUUUCAAUGAGCUUCCGCUGACCGCAGCAGAGAAGACUGAGCUCCGAGACUUCAUGAGCAAGAGGAAGAUAAAGUUGCUGAGCACCUCCCGACGUCUCCUGCAAGAGGAGGAGGCGCACAGCGACGAGGAUCCGUCGGACGACACCAUGCUGUCCAUGGACGACAUCGAGGUCCCCGAGCACGCGGAGGACAUGAUCGACGGCACAGAGCUGCCUCCUCAGGAGGAGAUACCCGGGGAGAUUGAGAGCGAGCCGGCUGAGGUCAUGCCCAAGGAUGGGGAGGAGCUGGUGGACGGAGAGCACUACCCGGAUUAUCCCGACUACCACGACCACGGCUAUGGGCGCGAGCACAUGGGGGAGGACUACGACUAUUAUGAGAACUACUACAACUACCGGAACAUGGGCAAUGACCACUCCAAGGAGACCGAAGAGGAGAUGACCAGCCGCAUCGCACGGGAGAAGCGCGACAAGCGAGUGCAGGCAUGGCGAGAUGAACCCCUCAGCGCCCCAAAGGACUCGCAGUGGAACUACAUCAAGGGCUUCUUCUCUCCCGAUGAGCAGGAGAACAACCAGGCUGUUUCAACUUGGGGAGGAAGGGACAUGAAGCAGAUGAUCUUGGGCCACGAUGAAAUCUUCACAAGGACCUUGGCAGUCGAUCGGCACAUCUUCAAUGGCGCUCUGCGAUCCAACAGGUCUGCAGCCAUCCCCGGCGACCGUCCCAAGGAGGAAGGCUACGUCUUUGUUGACGCGCACGUGCUGUGCACGCCCAUCAUCGCCGACCUUGACAGGGACGGGCACGACGAGAUCAUCUUCGCCGUCUCCUACUACUUUGACAAGGAGCAGUACAGUGAUCCCUCGGCCUACGAGGACCUGGACGUGGACGUCAACACCAAGAAGUACGUGGCUGGCGGGGUGGUGGUCUACGAUGCUUUGACCAGGAAGUUGAAAUGGAACAUUCACCUUGACCUGACCACCGACGAGACUGCCUACCGCGCCUACAUCUACUCCUCCCCCACUGUCGCUGACCUCGACGCGGACGGCAAGCUGGAGAUCAUUCUGGGAACGAGCCUGGGCUUCGUGUACGUGAUCGAGCAUGACGGAAGGGUGAAGGACAACUUCCCGGUGACCAUGGCGGAGAUUCAAGGGCAAGUGGCGGUGGCGGACGUCAACGACGACGGUCAGCUUGAGAUUAUCGCAACGGACACGCGACACAACGUAGCCGUGUUCAACUCCAAGGGGAAGGAGGUCUGGGAGACUCACAUCUCCGGCUUCUCCACGCAGGGCCCGGUGGUCGGGGACGUGAACGGCGACGGGCUGGUGGAUAUCGUCCUCGCCACCACAAGCGGUCACAUCUGGGCCCUCCAGGGCAGCAGUGGUAGGACGCUGGAGAACUUCCCGGUGAAGACCGGAGGGCCGAUCAUGUCGCUUCCCCUCCUGCUGCAGAUGAAGGGAGGGAAGGGGCGGGCGGGGCUGCCGGUCCGCCACAUCAUUGUGCCCUCGCAUGACGGCUUCUUGUACAUCGUCAAUGGAGCGACUGGCUGCUCGUUUAAGGUGGACGUGGGUGAAAACUCCUACUCCAUGGUGCUGGCCGAUGACAUCACUGGCAACGGGAAGAUGGACCUCCUGGUCACGACCAUGAACGGCAACGUGAUCUGCCUCGGGACAGACGUGGACUAUCAUCCGAUGAAGGCCUGGACCUCCAAGGAGCAGGGGAACAACAACGUGGAGCUGCGGGACGGACGGCAAGGGAUCUUCAUCCUCGACAGAUUCCGCCACUUCCACGACCACAACGGGCCGAGCAUGACCUUUGGGUUCGAGAUCGUGGACAAGCGACCGGUGAAGGGGCUGGGAGCGAGUGGAGGAGAGUAUCACGUGCGGAUAUCGCUGGGAGGGAGCACGAAGCUGUUCGAGAAAACGUACACGCAUCCUGGCAGGUACCUGGAGGAGAUCCCCUGCCCCGAUCGCCGGCAGUUCACCUCGGUGUUCGUGGAGAUGACCAACGAGUACGGGCAGCACUUCGAGGAUCGCGUGUCCAUGAGCUUCAACAUGCACUUCUACCGCGCUCUCAAGUGGCUCCUCAUGGUUCCCUUCACGCUCAUGAGCCUGGGGAUCGUCUUCAUCAAGGAGGUCAACACCGUCCUGCCCGUGUAGCUGCCUUGCUCACCAGCACCUCUGCACAAGCACGCUACCUCCCUUCCCCCUCUCCCUCUCUUGUAUUUUGUGCUCUUGUGAUCGAUGUACUUAGCUCGGUAAACCGCGAAAACCUC